AUGCUGAAUAAAAUUCAUAGUCCGCUGCCAGAACCGUCUACCGAUCUGAAUGCCUAUGAACUUGGCGAAUUAAAUGGCUACUAUGUUGUCAUUACCUGCCUGCCAUAUAGUAUAUAUGGAAUGGUGGCUGCCGCGAAUGUGGUGUCUCGCAUGCGUGCUACCUAUCCACGGCUUCAAUAUGGACUGAUGGUGGGAAUUGGAGGCGGCGUCCUGGGCAAAAACCAUGACAUUCGACUAGGCGAUGUCGUGGUUAGCAAACUGGCUGGAGAGCACAGUGGGGUGAUAGAGUAUGAUUAUGGCAAGGCGAUUGGAGGUGGGAAACUCGAUCUUUUGAGCCAUAUGAAUCAGCUUGAGGCAAAGCGAAUGAUGGGGAACUUCCUCUUUGAAUUCUUCUAUAACCAUGCUGGCGGGGAAGGCACUUGUGAAAAGUGCGAUAAAGACCGAUUAGUCAAACGAAAACCACGAGAAACAAGGACCCCUUUUGUCCACUACGGGUUAAUUGCAUCAGAAGAUCAGCACAAUAGUAUGGUAUACUCACUCUGCUUUGAGAUGGAGGCAGCAGGCCUUAUGGAUGAUCUUCUGACGCUUGUGAUUCGAGGCAUAUGCGACUAUUGCGAUUCUCAUAAACAGAAGCAGUGGCAAGGAUAUGCAGCAUUGACAGCGACUGCUUAUGCAAAAUCGUUGUUAUCGAUUAUUCCCAUCAGCCGUCCGGAUGUUGAAUUGAUGAAAAGUAAGAACAUGCGGCACUGGAUGGUUUCGCUCCCAAGAAAUCUCAAAUUUGUCGGUCGCCUAGAUGAAAUCACGAAAUUGGAAGGACUGAUCACACUGCAAGAUGGGACCAGGAGGAUUGCUAUCACCGGGUUGGGAGGAGUCCGGAAGACGCAAGUAGAUGAUCACAUCGAGGAUUCGACUCUAAAUUCUCUUUUCAAGUCGGGGCUGCAAUCAACUUUCAAUCCUGGACCAAGAGCCGGCCCCGGAUAUAUCCUAGGAACCGAUAAGAAUAGCUGCGAUAUUGUGCUGCUGAAGCUCGCAAGGAUCAGCAGGCGCCAUUGCUUUUUCACAUUUGAUGAGAAGCGACGAUUGAUCUUGCAAGACUGUUCGCAAAAUGGAACCAUUGUCACCUACAACGGGAAAGGAGGAGAGAAGCGUCGAGAUUUCAAGUGGAUUCUCAGUGGGGAUAGAGUCCCCGAAGACACCGAAAACAUCCUCCUUGAAUUUCAUAAUCACCUGAAAUUUCGGAUCAUCGUCCCCAAGCACGAGACAUGUCCGGAUCUAUAUGCCGGACAUGUUGACCGAUUCCUCCAAGAAGGAGGAAGACUUGUCCAGGGGACAUAUAUAGCUCAAACUGAUGUUUGUAAAUUUGGUGAACACAUUGGCGUCGAUCUUCGUGGUGUAGUUCGCCAAGCAGAAACCUGGAAGAGCACGACAAGCGCUUCUGACAUCUCUGAUAUCAGCCACCAGGGAGACUGUCUCUCAAAAGAGUCUGAAGCCUGGAACAGCACGACAAGCGCUUCUGAUAUUUCUGAUAUUAGCCACCAGGGAGGCCGUCUCUCACAAGAGAUCGGUGACGACAUUUCUUCUUCUUGUAACGGUAUCACCUCCGUGCCAUUUCUCGUUAUUUUGGAAAGACUGCAUAAGUGGACUAAGCUUGAAGCCAACAUCACGAAGGUGAGAAUCACCAAUAGUCUAUGCAGUUGCCCUCAGGGGUUGUGCUCGGCUAGCUCAACUUCAUCUGCUAGUCACGAGCUCAAUUGGGUCCAUGGGAACAAGCCACCGCAAAAGCAGGCUGACUCGUACAGCUGUUCUCGUGGGACAAGCUCAGCCAGCUCGACUGAGGAGCUGUAUGCUGGAAACAGCGAAUUGAGUGGGACGCGUGAUGGAACAAAAUUUAGGUCAUUCCAGACACGUUGA